AUGGAAGAGAGGAGAAAUACAAUCCAAGUGGAGGUAAGGAUAAAUCCUAGGCUUGAUAACGUAAUAGAAAGUACUCCAACAGCAUUGACCGUAGGAACAAAAACCUAUGGUUUUAACAGAGUGCACCUCACUACAUCACAAAUGCAAAUGUACGACAGAAGCGUCAGGCACCUCACAGAAUCUUUCCUUGAAGGUUAUAAUUGUACAGUGAUGGCAUACGGCCAAACAGGAAGCGGAAAAACUUACACAAUGGGAAUGACGCAUGAAGACAUGACAGGGAUUGUCCCACAGUCUCUUAAUCAUAUAUUUAAGUCAUGCCAGGAGAUAAAUUGUACCUUCAUCGAAGUUUACAAUGAGGAAGUGAUUGAUUUGUUUAGCAAGCACAAAAUGCCAUUGAGCCUAAGAGAAGUCAACGGUGAAAUUACAAUUGCUGGAGCAACGGAAGUAGCUCUAAGGUCAUACCAAGAUGGAAUAGAGGCAUUGAAAAAAGGAUCUCUAGAAAGAACAACAAAAUCAACUAACAUGAACUCAAAAUCAUCCAGAAGUCAUGCAAUAUUCAUUCUUUCUCAUAGAAGGGAAAUAGACGGGUCGUUUGUAACAUCAAAGUUUUCUUUUGUUGAUCUAGCAGGAAGCGAGAGGCUUAAAAGAACUUUGUGUGCUGGGGAUCGUGCAAAAGAAGGAAUCUCCAUCAAUUCUGGACUUUUAGCCCUUGGAAACGUUAUCUCUGCUCUAUUUAAGAAGUCCUCCCAUAUUCCCUUCAGAGAUUCAAAACUCACCAGAAUCCUCCAAAGCUGUUUGAGUGGUUACGUCCUGAUGAUUGCCUGUGUUUCUUCUUCCCAUGCAGAUAUAAGUGAAACACACAAUACCUUGAAGUAUGCAAGCAGAGCAGCCUCAAUCGAAACCAUGGUCAAAAUGAAUGUGCAAAUUGAUGGGUCGAAGUUUACAACACUAUUGCUGAAGAAAGAAAUACAAAAGCUUAAAGUGGAAAAUCAGAUGCUUAAAGAAAGAUUCAGGAAAGAGUCCAGAGUCAAUAUAGAGGAUCUAAUAUCUGAAAAUCGCAUGCUCAAGUCAAAAGUAGAGGCUUUGAGCUUUGAAAAGGACGACAAAAGAGAGGAUAUCAUACAAGAGAUUCUAAAACAUCCUUUUGUUCAAAACUUGAUAGACGAAAAUCAAAGGCUUAAAGACAUGGUCGGAAAAAUAUCUAAAGAUUUGGAAAGACAGAAACCUCUAGGAAUAGAUAAUCGUUUAUCUGCCGGAGAACAUAACAAGAAUUUAGGGGUUGAUAAAGGGAAUGGGCUAGAAAACAAAACGAACUCUCCUGAGAAUGACUUCAGCAAGAAAAACAACGAAGAUCAUUUGAAUAUAUCUGUAGAUUUGGAUAAAUCUGAAGAAAUGUUCAAUAGAAAUAAAAUUCAGUCAGAAAGCCAGGGUAAAGAAGAAUAUAGCAAAAUUGAUACAAUAAGAAAAUAUGUAGAUUCAUUGGAAAUAUCAGAUACAUGCGAAGUUAUAGAAGAACAAGAAACAGAACCAAAGGCAAGUAAGGCCCACAAAAGAGUUGUUUCUUUCGACUUAGAAAGAAACACUAAGAAAUAUGCACUUUUCACACCUAGAAAGGAAAAGAUAACAAUGGCUACAACUGUCGAGGAUAAGUUGGUUGGGUACCUUCCCACUGCAUUAACACUUUUCGGCUCACAUCUUGUAUUUGCAUCUAUAGACAAUAAAAUCCGAAGUUGGGAUGACAGAGUAGAAACCCUGUUCACGGAAGAAGGUGUUAGGUGCAUAGAAGGAUUUGACACUCUUUUGUAUACAACAAGGGGGAUAUUGAAGAGAUUUGAUCCCAGAUCUGGGUCUCGUCCUCUAUAUGGUUUCAGAAGCGAAGUCUCAGCACUUUUUUCCAGGGAUAACUACAUAUUAACUGGCCAUGAAGAUGGGACACUGUCAAUACUUGAUCAAAGGAACUCUAAACUGGUGUUCUCGGAAAAGGCGCAUUCAGGUACUGUUUUUUGUAUAGAGAAAAUAGGGUCAGAUAUAUACACAGGCUCUAGAGAUCAUACAGUUCGAUGCUAUAGCAAUGAGUUUACAACUCUUUCUCCACCACAUCUAGAUUCGGUUCAAGGACUACUAUGCUAUAAUGAUAACCUAAUAAGUUUUGGAAGGGAUUGUUCCAUAAGAAGAUGGAAAAACAAAUCAAUAGUUAAAACAGUUCCUUAUGCUCACGAUUCCUGGGUAAAAUGUGGAGCAGCAAUGAAGGAUUCAUUUGUAACAGGAUCUAAGGAUGGGAUGCUUAGGUUUUGGGACUUUUGGGACAACUCUGUCUUCUGUGUUGGUAAGCUGAAAGCAGGGGGUGCAAUAAACUCUCUUGUAUGGAAUGGAGAAGUUGUUUACGUGGGGUGCCAAAACAAGGAAAUUUUGGCAAUAAAAUGUAGAUAUGAUAACUGUUAA